AUGUUACUUUAUACACAUAGAUUCCUAUCGCAUAUAAUAACAAUAAAUAAAAAAUGCAGUAAUUUUUGUUUUCGUUUCCAUAGCAAUAUCAGGAAUGUCGCAGUGGUAGCACAUGUCGAUCAUGGGAAAACAACACUUGUGGAUCAAUUUUUGAAGUAUACAGGAGGGAAGUUAUCACAUUCAAGAGUAAUGGAUAGCCAUGAAUUGGAAAGAGAACGAGGUAUCACAAUUUUGUCAAAAGUUACCAGGAUAAAUUGGAAUGAUCAUAUCCUGAAUAUAAUAGAUACGCCCGGCCAUUCUGAUUUUGGAGGUGAAGUGGAACGGAUUUUAAACAUAGUAGACUGCAUAUGCCUACUGGUAGAUGUAGUAGAAGGACCGAAACCUCAGACAAAUUUUGUUUUGAGAAAGGCCCUAGAGAACCAAUCUAUGAGAUCAUUGGUCGUUAUAAAUAAGUGUGAUAGAGAAUGUCAUAAAUCGCAAAAAGAAAUUGAAAAUGAAUUGUUUGAUUUGUAUUUGGAUUGCAAUGCAAAUGAUGAGCAAUUGGAGUUUCCAAUUCUAUAUGUUUCAGCCAAGGAUUCUAUAGUUUCAAAAAGUUAUCCACUUUCUCAGAGCCAAAUCUAUGACAUUUCACACAUUCUAAAAACGAUAAUUGACUAUUCUCCAGAGCCUAAGGUUUCAUCCCUCAAUGACUUGACUUUCCAAGUUAGCCUAGUUGACAUUGAGGAAGGAUCAUAUUUGAUAACUGGUAAGGUAUAUAGUGGAACAGUUUCUCCCGGUUCCAUGCUUUACGUUCGCGAUUAUUUGGGUAAUAAAAAGGGUACAACUUAUGUAAAGGACCUUUUUGUCUUCGUUAACGGGAAAAGAGUAAAGAUGGCUGAUCCAGUGCUCCCUGGAGAUAUCAUCACAAUUCAGUGUUAUAAAGGUAUUACACCCCAAGUGAAUGACACUGUAAGUACUUCCAUAGAUUUUGAGUCAAUCCCUCCAGUUAAAGUCUCAGACCCCGUGAUUUCAGUUCUUAUAUCUGCAAACUCAAGCCCCUUCUCAGGGAAAGAUGGCAAAUUCAAAACUACAUCGGAUAUAGGAAAGAGGUUGAAGAGGGAGGCUAUGACAAACCUUUCAUUGCAAAUACAAGAGAGUGAAGAUAAAAAUUCAUUCCUUGUCAAGGGAAGAGGGGAGUUACAGAUAGGCAUACUUUUGGAGAACAUGAGACGUGAGGGAUAUGAAAUGACAGUAUCUCCUCUCUCUGCAAUAACCUUUGAGCAUGAGGGAAAUAUUGUUGAAGCUUUGCAAAGGGUGAUAGCAUAUGUUCCUUCAGAGUACUCAACCAAGGUGGUUGACACUAUAAGCUCCAGAAACAUGGAAAUAACUAAAUACUCUGAGAUGGAUGGAAGUGAAAAAUAUACAAAACUAGAGUUUGAAGGUAGUACUAGUCAGAUGAUGGGCUUGAUGCCAGUACUAAGAGAUAUUACCAGGGGUCGAGGAGAGUUCAAUGUGACGAUGAUUGGCUAUUCGAGAGCGGAAAGUAAAAUUUAUAACGCUAGAACAACGGGAUCACUAAUAUCAUGUAACACAGGAACCACCACAGCAUUUGCUCUCGACCCAGUCAUGUCAAAGGGUACCCUAUUUGUUCCGGAAGGGGCACAUGUGUACCAGGGGAUGGUGAUAGGAGAAUCUUAUACUGACAAAGAUCUAUUACUUAACGUUACCAGAGUCAAACCAGUAACUGGAAUGCGGAAUAAAUCACAUGAACAGAGUAUUAAGAUAGUAACAAGGCCUCUCAAUGUGGAACAAGCUCUUGCAUUCAUCAACUCAACUGAACAACUGGAGUUAACACCGAAACGCAUAUCAAUUCGUAAAAAAAAUUUGAAUCAAUCCUGUUGA